AUGACUGUUCUCUACCUGAGUUCACUUCUCAAAACGUCUCUUUCAGACUCACGGAAGGACACUGCCUGCAAGAACCGGCCCCUAGACCUCGUCUUCAUCAUAGACAGUUCCCGUAGUGUCCGACCUGAAGAGUUUGAGAAAGUGAAAAUCUUUUUGUCAAAAAUGAUUGAUACUCUGGACAUUGGGGAAAGAACAACCCGUGUGGCAGUCAUGAAUUAUGCUAGCACUGUCAAGGUAGAGUUUCCCCUCCGGACCUACUUUGAUAAAGCAUCUAUGAAGGAGGCUAUAUCUCACAUUGAGCCCUUGUCGGCUGGCACAAUGACCGGCCUAGCCAUCCAAACUGCCAUGGAUGAAGUCUUCACUGAGGAAAUGGGCACCCGGCCGGCAACCUUCAAUAUCCCCAAGGUGGUCAUUGUUGUGACAGAUGGACGACCACAAGACCAGGUUCAAGAUGUGGCAGCAAGCGCCCGGACAGCUGGCAUUGAGAUCUAUGCAGUUGGGGUAGACCGGGCAGACAUGCAGUCCCUGAGGAUAAUGGCCAGCGAACCACUGGAUGAACACGUCUUUUAUGUGGAGACCUAUGGUGUGAUUGAAAAGCUGACAUCCAAAUUCAGAGAGACUUUCUGUGCUGCGAAUGUGUGUGCACUUGGGACCCAUGACUGCGAGCAGGUCUGCGUGAGUAACGGCAGAUCCUACCUUUGUGAUUGCUAUGAAGGCUACACUCUCAAUCCGGAUAAGAGAACCUGCUCAGCUGUGGACAUGUGUGCACCUGGAAGGCACGAGUGUGAUCAGAUCUGUAUGAGUAACAAUGGAUCCUAUGUCUGUGAAUGCUAUGAAGGCUACACCCUGAAUCCGGAUAAGAAGACUUGCUCAGCCAUGGACAUGUGUGCACCUGGAGGGCAUGAUUGUGCACAAGUCUGUUUGAGUAAUGAUGGAUCCUACAGCUGUGACUGCUUUGAAGGAUACACUCUGAAUCCAGAUAAGAAGACUUGCUCAGGAACUGAUGUAUGUGUACCAGGAACCCAUGACUGUGAGCAGGUCUGUGUGAGUAAUGGUGGAUCCUAUACCUGUGACUGCUAUGAAGGCUUUACCUUAAAUCCAGAUGAGAAAACAUGCUCAAGUUCAGUGGAAUCAAGAAGACACCAUCUUGUAACAACUGAAGAAUCCUGUAAGUGUGAAGCCAUAGCUGCCCUGCAGGACUCAGUCACCUCACGCCUUGAAGCUCUGUCCACAAAAUUAGAUGAAGUGUCUGAGAAGCUGCAGGCGUAUCAAGGCAGACAGCAGGUUGUCUGAGCUAUCAUUCUACUUAAUUUUAAAAUAAUCUUUCAGAAGCAAUCCUUUUUAUUGUGUUCCGCAAGCUUUAUUUUGUUGCACAGCUUACAAUACGGCAGUUGGUUUGUUACUGUUGACAAACAUCAAGAAGACUUCAGGAAGACAACAGUCUUGAAAAUACAGUGACCCUGAGGAUCUUCAUGUACAGUCACUUUAUAGCCAUAAAGCUACCUAUACCUGCUGUGCUUCAGUUUGUACUACAAGUAGUACAGCAGGUACUGCUUUUCUGAAGUAACUGCAUUUUUAUUCUCUAAUUUAAAAGUAAAUCCAGAAAAAAUGAAUGGAUACAGUAUAUCACAUUAUAUAAAACUGUGAAAUGGCAAGGCAGAGUAGAAAAU